AUGACUGUCUUCAUCGCAUCCUUAUUCCUCCCAUAUACCAUUGACUUCGAUCCCCACGGCCCAAAAAAAGAGAUCGUUGCUCUUUCUUCCAGCUAUGCGGUCGAUGGCUCUGGAUCUAUGGCUUGCCGAGACCACAGGUUUCCGGAUGGCGUUGCCAACAUCGCCCAGUCCAUAGAGCUCCCACUGACUCCCGGGGCCACCAGAGACAACGAGAGGGUAUUCACUGAUUAUACGCCCCGAACAACAGAUGAGAUCCGCUUUGGUCUGAGCCCCAGUGAGCCCCGGGAUGUCAUUUGGGGCCGCAGUCAGAAGUUCAAUCAACCCCAAUCCCAGGCGACUGAAACCCCGACCUCAUCCAUCUUGAGCAUUACUGAUUCACAAAAGGCCACAGUGAGGAGCCUUUCUAUAGAUGGGACGCAGGACUGCAUGGAACUGGGAGAGCCAAGAAGCCCGCAGACUUUUGUCUCUUCCGUCGAAUGGAGAAUUGAGUCCACUGAAAAGGGCCUUGGUGGUUUGACAAAUGCUGUCCACGCCGCCGAAAAGUCUGGGUUUUUGCAGAACAAGCUAUGGGUGGGAACGCUGGGCAUGCCCACUGAUUCGUUGAUGGAUUCGACCAGAGAGGAUAUCGCCAGAUAUCUGCGGGAAGAGCACCAAUCUUUGACUGUCUUUGUAGACGACACCGAGUUUGAAGGCCAUUAUACUCAUUUUUGCCAUGCAGUGCUUUGGCCAGCUCUCCAUUACCAGAUGCAGGAAAGCCCACGACACUCAGAGUACGAGAGGUAUUCUUGGGACCAAUACAUCAGGCUCAACGCGGCAUUUGCAGAUGCAAUCGUCGAACGCUGGCAGCCAGGCGAUAAAAUCUGGGUCCAUGACUAUCACCUUUUGGUCCUUCCAGGCAUUUUAAGGAAGAGAAUACCCCAGGCCGAGAUUGGAUUCUUCUUGCACACACCGUUUCCUUCCUCGGAAGUAUUUCGAUGCUUGUCACCCCGCGACCAGCUGCUUGAUGGAAUUCUGGGUGCCGAUCUGGUUGGUUUUCAGACAGAAGAGUAUCGCAAUCACUUUCUUCAGUCAUGCAGUCGGCUCCGGAGGUUGAACACCUCCGCCAGUGAAGUCAGUUGCAACGGUAGAGCUGUUCGUGCUGUGAGCAUCCCCAUGGGCAUUGAUCCAUCAUUUUUGAAAGUUUUACUCGAAGCCACUGAGGUCCAAGGUUGGAUACAUGAUAUCACACAUAGGUACCCAACUCAGCGGUUGAUUGUUGCGCGGGACCGUUUGGAUGUCUCCGGGGGAAUCAAGCAAAGGCUUCUGGCAUAUGAGUUGUUUUUGAAUACCUAUCCUGAUUUCAGGCACGAUAUAGUCUUGAUCCAGGUUAUAUCUUCUGCUGGUGCAGUUCCAGAGCUCGAAGCGCAGAUCUCGAAAAUUGCAAUGAGGAUCAACACAACAUACUCGUCUGCGGCCCAUCAGCCGUUGGUGUUGCUGAAACGAGACAUCAAUACGCAUCAAGUUCUUGCUUUACUGAGUAUUGCGGAAAUAUUCAUCGCCACUGGAUUGCGCGAGGGAAUCAAUUUAACAAGUCAUGAAUUCAUCCUUUGUCAAGACAAAGCCUUUGGGUCCCGUGGACAUGGAUCUCUCAUUAUCAGUGAAUUUGUAGGAAGUGCCUCGAUGUUUCACGAGCGCAGUGGCGCAAGGUUCAAUGCCCACAAGCUUCUUGUUAAUCCAUGGGACUUGAAAGAGUGCGCCGAAGCCAUUCGUGUUGCGCUUCAGAUGUCACCAGCGCAGAAAAUGAUCGAAUGGAGGCGAUUACGUCGUCGCAUGUCCAAGUUCAGUGCGAUCAAAUGGUAUCGAGGGCUUCAACUCGCUCUCAAUACUAGCUGCACUAGACAAUCGCUCCAUCGGGUUCAUGACACCCUCCCACUCUCACUUGAGGAGCUCGAGUCAUCCUAUAACGCUGCCAAAUCUCGACUCUUCUUUAUUGAAGAUGGGGACAUCUUGGGCCCAGAUCCUCUCGCAGAGGGAUCCUUACUGUCAGAGAGGGCCUUCAAGAUCCUCGAGGCCUACUUUCGCAAGCCCCAGAACAAACUUUAUCUGAUCAGCAGCAAGACACUCCAGCAGCUCAACGAAUUGUUCCCUCAACUGCCCCCUGAAGUUGGAAUCAUUUCUGAGAAUGGGGCAAUGAUUCGACAUCCUAACACAAGAGCCUGUUUUCAUUUUACGACCAUGAGUGCAAAGUGGCUUCCCGGGAUUCAAAAAAUGAUGGAAUAUUUUCAAGAGCGAACAGAAGGUAGUCGGAUCGAGACUUUCCCGUGGUCAUUGGUUUUUCAUUACGAUGGUGCUCUGGACCGCGAAGCUGCUAGUCAUCAAGCCUCCGAGCUAGCUGAUCAGAUCAACGGAGCCCGCGGUGAAGCAGUAUUCCAUAUCGUUCGCGAUGAGACGUCGAUCACUGUCGAACUGCCAUUGUCAGUUCAAGGACGUGGAAGAGCCGCUCAUUACAUUCUUCAAUAUCUCACAAACGCUGAGUAUCCCGAAUUAGUAUUGGUGGCUGGGAAAUCCCCAGACAGCGAAUCGUUGUUCUGCUGGGCAAAUGAGUUGGCCGGUGCUCCAACUCCAUCUCGACUUUAUCGUACAGGAUUCGGGCAUCGACUUUGGGUGACCACUUUGGCGACUGGUCCACAUGUGAACGAGGCAAAGUGUGCAUUGCCGCCUGGGUUUUCUUUUCUGAAGCUCAUGGGCUGGCUUUUGAAUUAA